GGAGAGACAAACAGAGACAAAUACAAAGGAGCUUUCCUCUUUGCCGACUUUGUACCAUUUAAUAGUUUGUUGGAGCUCCACUAGCAUGUUUUCAUUGAUGCUUCCCCACAAGCAGCCAAACUCUUUUCUUCUUUUGCUUACUCCAGCUGUCAACUAACCCAGCAGGAUGGAGCAUGGAGACCGAGGGAUGGGAGUCUCUCACCUUCGCUACGAGGAUGAGGAGGAUCAUCAGUCCAUCUACAUUGGUGUGCCAGUAGCUCGAAGAUAUCGACGUAAACGCAGGCGAAGGCGUUCUAGUCGAGAGGGUAGCGACAUGGAUAGAGACAGACAUUACAGCCACCACAGACACCAGGAGCAUGAUCGGUACAGAGAGAUAGAUAUGGAGGAGGGACUCAUGGAUUCAGCAGAGCAAAGUCUCCAAGACAUCAACCGUACAAUGUCUCCAGCAGCAGAGCGGCUACGUUACAUCCUAAGUGAAGACGAUGACAUGCCGACACCAACGCUCUUCACUGAGAUGGACACUCUACAGAGAGAAGGAGACGAGCUAGAGUGGAAGGAGUCUGCCAGGUGGGUGAAGUUCGAGGAAAAGGUAGAGGAGGGAGGGGAGAGGUGGAGUAAACCCCAUGUGUCCACACUGUCCCUGCACAGUCUUUUUGAGCUCAGGACAUGUCUCCAGACAGGAACAGUGCUGCUGGAUUUGGACGGCUACUCGCUGCCUCAAAUAGUUGAUGACAUCAUUGAGAGACAGAUAGAGGAAGGCAUGAUAUCUCCUGAUCUCAGAGAAAAGAUCAGUUUUGUUCUGCUGAGGAAGCAUCGACACCAGACCAAGAAACCGAUCCACCGUUCCUUAGCUGACAUUGGCAAGUCCAGCCAAUCUACCAAUCGGAAUGUUGGACCCCGAGGAGGAACGUGUCCGGGGCAAAUGGCCAACUUCAACAGGUCCACAGAGGACCUUCGAAUAAAGCAGCAGCCAGCAGCCAACUAUGGCCGCCUGCGUCACGCCCAGAGUAGGAGUAUGAAUGAUAUUGCGGACACUCCAAGCACAGACCAGUUGAAAAAUAAAUUCAUGAAGAAGAUCCCCAGAGACGCGGAGGCUUCCAAUGUCUUAGUGGGCGAGGUAGACUUCCUCAACAAACCUUUUGUGGCGUUUGUUCGCCUGGCCCAAGCUACAACUCUAGGAGGUCUGACAGAGGUCCCUGUUCCCACCAGAUUUCUGUUUAUUCUGCUGGGGCCCCAAGGAAAGGCCAAGUCCUAUAAUGAGAUCGGCAGAGCAAUAGCAACUCUAAUGGUGGAUGAUCUCUUCAGUGACGUAGCCUACAAGGCAAGAGAUCGGGAAGAUCUUAUUGCAGGAAUAGAUGAGUUUCUGGACGAAGUGAUUGUGCUUCCACCUGGGGAAUGGGAUCCCAAAAUCCGCAUUGAGCCGCCUAAGAAGGUUCCCUCGGCUGACAAAAGGAAGUCAGUCUUUUCCCUAAAUGAGCUGGGACAGAUGAACGGCACAGCUGGCGGAGGAGGAGGCCUGGCAGAAGACGAGGAGAUGCCAGUUCAGCAUGAGCUUGGAGAGGAGCUGGCAUUCACUGGACGGUUCUGUGGGGGUUUGUACUUGGACAUAAAGAGGAAAUUGCCAUGGUUCCCUAGUGAUUUCUAUGAAGGGUUCCACAUUCAGUCCAUCUCCGCUGUGCUUUUCAUCUACUUAGGCUGCAUCACCAAUGCCAUCACCUUUGGUGGGCUCCUUGGGGACGCCACUGACAAUUACCAGGGUGUGAUGGAGAGUUUCCUGGGUACAGCCCUGGCUGGUUCUGUCUUCUGUUUCUUUGGUGGUCAGCCCCUCAUCAUCCUCAGUUCCACUGGACCCAUCCUCAUCUUUGAAAAGCUGCUGUUUGAAUUCAGCAAGAACAACAGCAUAGAUUACAUGGAGCUGCGUCUGUGGAUCGGCAUGCACUCGUGCCUGCAGUGUUUCAUCCUCGUAGCUACAGAUGCCAGUUACAUCAUCAAAUACAUGACGCGUUUUACUGAGGAGGGCUUCUCCAGCCUUAUAUCCUUCAUCUUCAUCUCUGACGCCAUCAAGAAGAUGGUGGGCGCCUUCAAAUAUUAUCCCAUCAACACAGACUUUAAGCCCGACUAUGUCACCACCUACAAGUGCGAGUGCCUGGCCCCAGACCCGACUCCAAUGCCAGAUAACAGCUCUAGUGUCUCUGGGUUGAAUGUGACAGCUCUGGACUGGAGCCAGCUGAGCAAGAAGGAGUGUGUGAAGUAUGGAGGCUCUCUGGUGGGAAAGUCCUGCAAGUACGUCCCCGAUCUGGCCCUCAUGUCCUUCAUCCUCUUCUUUGGCACCUACUCCAUGACCGUCUCCCUCAAGAAGUUCAAGUUCAGCCGCUACUUCCCAACCAAGCUGAGGAAACUCAUCAGUGACUUCUCUAUCUUCAUGUCCAUCAUGACCUUUGUUGGGCUGGAUAUGUUAAUGGGACUCAAAACUCCCAAGCUUAUUGUCCCAACAGAAUUUAAGCCAACUCGACCAGGUCGUGGCUGGCUUGUGAUGCCUUUUGGGAAGAAUCCAUGGUGGGUGUAUCUGGCCAGCUUUGUGCCCGCCCUGCUUGUCACCAUCCUCAUCUUCAUGGAUCAGCAGAUCAGCGCUGUCAUUGUUAACCGCAAGGAGAACAAACUUAAGAAAGGCUGUGGCUAUCACUUGGAUCUGUUCUGGGUUGGAGUCCUGAUGGCCACGUGUUCCUUCUUGGGUCUGCCCUGGUACGUGGCUGCCACCGUCAUCUCUAUUGCUCACAUCGACUCUCUGAAGAUGGAGAGUGAAUCGAGUGCUCCAGGAGAGCAGCCGCAGUUCCUCGGGGUCAGAGAACAAAGAGUGACAGGCAUACUGGUGUUUGUUCUCACUGGAGUCUCCAUCUUCCUUGCUCCUGUACUUAAGUUCAUCCCCAUGCCUGUGCUGUACGGUGUCUUCCUCUACAUGGGUGUAGCGUCUCUCAGUGGAAUCCAGUUCUGGGACAGGAUAAAGUUGUACAUGAUGCCUUCCAAGCACCAACCUGACUUCACCUACCUGCGUCAUGUUCCUCUCAGGAGGGUACACCUGUUCACUCUGAUCCAGAUUAUAUGUCUGGCUGUGCUCUGGGUCCUCAAGUCCACCUUCUUGGCAAUCAUAUUUCCCGUUAUGAUCCUGGGUCUGAUGGUGGUCAGAAAGAUGCUGGACAUGGUCUUCUCCCAGCACGACUUGACGUGGCUGGAUGACCUCCUGCCUGAAAAAGAGAAGAAGAAGAAGGAUGAUGACAAGAAGAAGGGGAAGGAGAAGGAGAAAGAGAAGAAGAAGCCCAAACCUGAUGACAGUGAGGAAGAGGACAAGUACCACGGCUACGCGAACCACUCACCCAGCUCUGAGUCAGACUUGGAUCGAAGGGAAUAUUUCUUGGGUGGAAUACCUGCAAAAAAAUGUAUUUGUUACACUGCACUGAUUUCCUGUAUGGCUCAUUACCACUAGAGGGAAUUGCAUGUUUGUGCAGUUUGGGUGAACUGGAACAUAGACAAAAUAAGAAACUUUAACUGAAUGGCUCAUCAAACUAAACAGGAAACUGGCAAAUACUUGGAUAGACUCAGUCGCAUGAAAAUUGAUCACAUAGCCUUUUUAUACUGAUACACUGACUUAUUGCACACCCUUUAAAUGGCCUGUAUUUUAACAAGAAAUUCAAUUCAUUACUUCUGUAUUUUCCUCUGUAUGUUUUGUAAACAUACACAUGUGCAGUCCCAUGAUUGUCAUCAUGUGUCAUGUUUGAGUUCCGUCUCCUCUCCAUGCACUUUAAGGCAAUGCAGAUGAUUGUUGUGCUGAACAGUGUAAUCCGGAGUAAUGUUUUAAAUGUCUGACAGCCUGUGUCUGAGCUGCCCUCUGCACACACAACUCAGCAUGUUGUUACUCUUCACUGCUCACCUUUAAAGCAGUGUAGUUUUCUAUGUAUCUCAAAGCCUUCAGUGUUCGUUGUGUAGUUUAACAUAGUGUGCGAGCAGUCAAACUAGAUGAAGAAGUUAUUGUGUGGUCUUUUUAGUCCUGUGUGUAUCUAGCACAUAGAGAGGAUAUAUUGUAGGCCUCUGUAUACACAACUGUAUAAUCAUCCAUGUGCAGCAUACAUCAUUUGGUUGUUUCUUUUUCUUCCAUGUGUUGAAUCUCUCUAGUACAUCAGUCACACCUGCAUGUGAUAUGUAGUCAGACCCCAGCUCUCCAACCUGCCUCCGUCCCUCACAGAAGUUUCAUUGCAUACAUUUUGUACUGAAAGUGCCAUUUACGUUAUUUAACCAUAAAUACUGUAACUUUGGGCUGUUUGCCUUUUGUGGCUGAUUCAAAUGUUCCCAUCAUGUCUGCAUUGCUUUAUUAGAGGCAUGGUUUGGAAUUGACACUGUGAACUUGUUUGCUUAAAUGCAGCCAUCUGUGGAAGUACAUAAAUUCUCUGUGACGUUAUUUUAUUGAAGGAUUUAUACAAACACAAAAUGCACUGAUCGCCAGACCUUUGAAGCUAUUGUGUGAGUUUGUAUACAAAUCUUUACAACAUGUGCUGACAUAAUGCAAAAGGCAGGCAUGCAUAAUAGUGCACAAUCAAAAACUCAAAAACACUUGAUAUCAGAGUCAAAACAAAUUUAUCAUUGCAAAUUAACAUCUAAAAAAGCAGAAUGUUUUAUUAUUAUUUUAUUCCAAUGUACUCAGUAAAUUCAAGCUAUGUUUGCUCACGGUUAAUUUAAACCACAGGCUGCAUAUAAAAGAUGGGCAUGGCCACUAUAGCAUCACCCAGUGGUUAAUGAAGUCCUCUUAUGAAAGCCAGAUGAGCAUAUUCACCAUCCAUUUCCCAUAGAUGUCUAUUCAACUGGACUUGAUUUAGAAACCAGGGCUCCCUCUGCUGGCCAUUAGAAGGAAUACGAGUUUAGUGCACUUUACUUUUCAGACCAUAUUGUAGGUACAGUCUAUGUCAUUCACAGUGUGGGAACCAUCAGCUAGUCUGCUGACUCCCUGUGGGAGCAACAGCCAAUAUUUUGGGACUGAUUUCACUCACUAGCUAAGCGCUAACCUAAACUGCUGUAGUCAUCGUGUCUGACAGCCAAGCUCCGCCACAUUCCCCUCCCCUCCUGGUAGAACCUCUGUGUCUUUGGCUAUGGGUGUGUAUGGUACCUGGUGUGUAUGGUAACUGGACCUUGCCCUUCUCAGCAUCACCCUCCAUUUGAAGAUCUCCUGCCCGUCGUCUCCGACCAUGCCCAUGGGCCGAGGAAUGCCGUGCCCGGUGCCCCAGGUCAAGAUCGAGAUGGAGUCAGAUU